AUGUGGGUAACAUGGCUUACUUAUAACAACACAUUUUUAUCUCUCGUGGAAUAUGGUAUUGGCGACUUUCGAUGGACUGCCCAGGGCAAUUCAACAUUAUUCACUGAUGGUGGAAAACUAAAGAGAAAACGUUAUAUUCAUAGAGUUUUGCUUACUGAUCUGAAGCCGGGCACAGAAUACCAAUACCAUGUUGGAUCAGAAUAUGGAUGGAGUUCAAUUUAUCGGUUAAGAGCGUUGCAAGAGCGAAAAGAUGGUGGUUACAUCUAUGGUGUUUAUGGGGAUCUGGGCAGCGUGAAUGCUCGAUCGCUUGGAAAAAUACAACAACAAGCACAGCGCGCAGAAAUCGAUGUUGUUUUGCAUGCUGGUCAGUAUUAA